UCCCUCUCUUCCUCUUCCACUGUAUCUUUCUCGUCGACUAGAACCUUGUGCACACUUCGGGGUAACCGAGAACAGUGGCGAGCCGAGCUCACAGCACGUGUGGACCGUUUCCUUCCCUUCGAUCGUGAGGUUUUCGCACAUUUUUCGCCGUGUCCUUAAACGCUAAUCCGUCGGUUUGUCGGUCGGUGACCGGUGCGCGUCUUUAAUCUCGCAAUUCUUUAACGCGCGAUGUAAUUUCGGCCGUUAACGUCCUCGCGUUGUGUGUGCCGGAUUCGUUUCUUGUACAGUGGAAAUGUUUACCCGGUCACGAUUGAAACAGGACGGAGCGUUGAUGUUCCGGGUCUAACAAUAAGUUACUAGUGUCGCUGCAUUUUACCAUGAAAACAGCUUCAUUCCACCUUGCACGUUUUCUUUUUACGUUUUUUAAAUCGCACGUGGCUGGCACGCGUCUCGACUUCCGUCCUUAAAAGUUCAGGGUACGCGUAAUUAUCACUGCGAUGCGUGCCCUCUGAUUGCAAUUGCAUCUGUGUUCCGCGUUCUAAAAAGCUUCGUUCACCGAGAAGCAAAUAAUUGUGGGGAAAACAGAAGACGAGAAAAGGCUUACGAGAUGAACGGCGACGAUCAGUUUGCGCGGGUGUUUCUGGAGAGUCGAGGAAAAGAUGAGGUAGAACAUUUAGUCGGCAUCAAAACUCACGGCGCCACACCGUUAGUCAUGGCCUGUCGAAACGGACACUACGAUGUAGCUGAAUACCUCAUCGAACAAUGUGGGGCAGACAUCGAGCAACCUGGGUCAGUUGUGGUCGAUGGCGAAACGAUAGAAGGUGCUCCACCCCUAUGGUGCGCUGCGGCUGCUGGCCAUGCAGCAUUGGUCAGAUUGCUGGUGAAAAAAGGUGCCAACGUGAACUCGACCACCAAAACGAACUCCACACCCUUGCGUGCAGCUUGCUUCGACGGCCAUUUAAAUAUUGUCAGAUAUUUGGUAUACCACGGGGCUGACAUUGAGAUGGCGAAUCGUCACGGGCACACGAGUCUAAUGAUCGCCUGUUUCAAAGGUCACAUUAGAAUCGCCAUGUUCCUACUUCGACAGAGAGCAGACGUUAAUCGACAAUCCGCGAGAGGUAAUACGGCGUUGCACGAUUGCGCCGAAAGUGGAUCGUUGGAAAUCGUGAAGGUACUCAUCCAGCAUCAUGCUCGGAUGUACGUGGACUCCUACGGGAUGACACCUCUCCUUGCGGCAGCAGUAACAGGUCAUAAGCACAUCGUGGAAUACUUUAUCAGUAUACAGCAUUUCAUCAGCCGGGAGGAAUGCAUAGACGCGUUGGAACUUUUGGGCGCCACUUACGUGGAUAAAAAGAGAGAUACGAUCGGUGCGCUCGAACUUUGGAAACGUGCGAUGGACGAACGAUAUCGACCCGAUCGUCCGGUGGUAUUAAAAUCAUCGCAAUCAUCCGCUAUAGCUGCUUACAAUUACACGCGAGAGAUCUCCGACCCCGACGCGUUGGACGACUUGGUAACCGACCCGGACGAAGUGCGAAUGCAAGCGCUCGUAAUUAGGGAACGAAUAUUAGGCCCUGCUCAUCCCGACACUAGUUACUACAUUCGGUACAGAGGUGCUGUUUACGCGGAUAGCGGAGAGUUUAAUCGUUGCAUCGAACUGUGGAAUUAUGCCUUAGACAUACAACAGAGUAUGUUGGAGCCGCUCGAUCCGAUGACUCAGAGUUCACUCACCAGUUUUACCCAGCUUUUUAGCUUAAUGCUGUGGAGAGAGACGACAAGCACGGGGCGUAGAGUACCUCCAGUUCAAACGGAAGAACUUAUUAGAGUGUUUAAGAAAGCUGUUUUAGAAGUGAAAUUAGGAAAACAAAUAUUGGACAAAGCGCCGACCAGCGACCGUGAAAUAUAUUUUAACAGGGUUCUCGUGAUCACGUUACAUCUGGCGUGUUUAUUAACGCGCGAAAUACCGGAAGAGGGCACCGAGAAAUAUAUCGCGCUACACAAAGCGAUUUAUGAAUUAGUUCAAAUAAAUGCCAAAGGCAAAAAUGGUCGUGAUGUAUUGCAAUUAAUUCAUAGUGGGGAUACCUCGAUAGGCCACUCUUCCAAGUUCCCUUCUCCACAUUUGGCAUCGGCUCUUAUAAAAGUUAGCGCCGAUGUCACGGCAAGGGACAAUGACGGAAAUACAGCGCUACACCUGACCGCUCUAUCGCGUUUUUGGCGGCCAGAUCUUGCCAUCGCCCUCCUCGAGGCCGGUGCUCAUAUCGAUACCGUGAAUAACGAAGGUAAAACUUUCGAAACGUUGUUAUACGAUAAACGCCUUUACGAUUUGGUAAAUCCCGUAAAAUACACUACGCUCGCCUGCUUGGCAGCCAGAGUGGUCAGAAGAACAUAUAGAAUAGAAAAUCUUCCAAAACAUCUUCAAGCCUUUGUUCAAAUGCAUUAAUGAUAUUGAUUCUUGGUUACGGAGGUGAUAUGCUAUCGUUUAAGAUGCCACGAAAGAAUUGAAUUUGUUAACUAAAACAUGGAAGUGUCGACGGUAAAGUUCUGAGUCUUUUUGAAGAAGUAAACGACAACUAGAAUAUAUUUCUGAAUGGGAAAGUAUGAAACCUACCCUAAGAGAAUUGCCAUUAUUAUUCAUGUGAUAAUACGAUAAAAACAGUGCACUUAACAUAGAAUAUGCUCUUGGACAUUAACUGAUCGUAUAAGACUACGAAAUUUUUCUUUAAACUGAAAAAUUACGAUUGUGAUUCAAUAUGAGGAAUGUCUCUGAUAUUAAUGUUGAACAAUAUACGACAUUCGGUCCUCGAAAUAAGAAACCUAUGGGAGUAUUUACUGGCAUCGAUUACAAUGGCUUAGAAAUAUUGAUCAAUGUGAUUUUAUUAUUGUAUACUUGGCACAUAGCCAUUCCCUUAUACAUAAACCCCAUACAAGCCAUAAUACACACAAUGCGUUUAUAAUAUUUAAUUUUAACAUGAAUGUAUGUUAAAUUGAAAAGAUAUGUAAUCAUAGAAAAAAUUAUUUUAUUUUUAACGCUGUAUGAAGAAAUAAAAUCAGCGAUAAGAUUGUGUAAUACACAUUUUUUUGCUACAGCAUGAAUAAGUGAUUUGAAUAAAAAUAAGUGAAUGCUUUUGCGUGAGAAAGCAAAGAAAAUGUGAAUAAUUAAACAUUUCGUUAAUGCCACAAAGUUUUCAAUUAUUAUAUAAGCAUAUGUGUUUUAUUUUUAAUAGAUUCGCCAAGAUGUCAUUGAAGUUGUUUUACUUAAAAUGGUUUAUUACAUGAUAGAUUCGGAGUUAUAUGCAUAUUGGUUCAUAAUAUAUAACUUAUGAACGAUUCAUUUACAUCGAUCCUUAAGUUUAAUUUUAUUUAAAAUGUGAUAAAUAUACAUAUAGAUUAUACGUAUUAUACAGAAUUAUUAUUAUAUAUAGCCAUAAGAAUGAUGAUACACGAGGUGUUCAAGUAAGGUGCUUUUUUUGAGAACAGUUAAAUACUUGCACUUGAAACUAAUUAUUACGACUGUAAAAGUUUAAAUAGAGCGGGUAGAGUUCAUAGUUUCAUUAAUAAUUAUUGACGCAACAUAAUAAUUUUGUACUAUUUGAACACGUUUUUGUUGCAGCAAGUGUAUUCUACACACUGCUGUAGUUUUACACAAAAACUAUGAUUCUCUGCAAAAAAAGUAUCUUACGUUCAAAUUCACCCAAUUUAACUGU